GGCGCCCCGGGAACGGCUGCCCCGGGAGGCGCAGGAGGAGCAGCCCCCGCCCCGGAUCCCUCGCGAGCCUUGGGGCAGCUCGGCGGGUCCCGACGGGGUCCACCGUUAACAGUCUAUGGUUUUCCAAGAGCAGCAGAAAAUGAAUGAAUCCCAGGGGCCAGUGUCGUUCAGGGACGUGGCUGUGGACUUCACCCAGGAGGAGUGGCAGCAGCUGGAGCCCAAUGAGAAGACCAUCUACAGGGAUGUGAUGCUGGAGAACUACAGCCAUCUCGUCUCCGUGGGGUAUGACAGCACCAAACCGAAAGUGAUCCUCAAAUUGGAACAGGGAGAGGAGCCAUGGGUAGCUGAAGGUGAACUGCCAUGUCAGAGUCAUCUGGGUAAGUUAGCAUGGUAUUGUUGUGAACAUGGUCACCCCGAGCCUCUGCCUCUC